AUGUACCAAAAUCUUUCAUACGAAGGAGGUGCCGCUAACAUUUGCACGGGUAGAUACGUUAAGAAACGGGUGGUCACCGGAACAAUCACGAUCACAGACAAGGAAACCAAGCGGCAGCGACCAGAAUUUUCUUCAAUGCCUGUCGACCAGUUCUGCCUAAUGCGUUCACAUGUUGUUGCAGCUCUUGUAGCGUUUACGAUUUUGUCGAUCACUCAGCUGUUCAUCCUCCUCAACUGCUUACACAAUCGUUGUAGGGCCGGGGAUACAGGCACCCGUGAAGACACUAUUUCAUGCUCCUCAAAUGGUACGGAUCUUUUGUCUCGUCUCAGAGUUACUCGUCCAGCGUUGAAGAUAUCUCGAGGGCUCUUGCACCGAGAUUACAGGAACGAG